GUACAACUGUGCCAGCAUUAUUGAAUAGCACCUCCAAUCAGCUUUAUCUGCAUUUUCAUUCUGACAUUAGUGUGGCAGCAGCUGGUUUUCACCUGGAAUAUAAAACUGUAGGCCUUGCUGCCUGUCCAGAACCUGUAAUUCCUAGCAAUGGGAUCAAAUCAGGAGAUAGAUAUAUGGUGAAUGAUGUGUUGUCAUUUCAAUGUGAGCCAGGAUAUACAUUGCAGGGCCGUUCUCAUAUUUCUUGUAUGCCAGGGACGGUUCGACGCUGGAACUAUCCAUCUCCUCUCUGCAUUGCGAAAUGCGGUGGAACACUGACAAACAUGGGUGGUGUGAUCCUGAGCCCCGGGUUUCCUGGAAAUUACCCUAGUAACUUAGAUUGUACGUGGAAAAUUUUAUUGCCUAUUGGAUAUGGUGCUCAUAUUCAGUUUCUGAAUUUCUCUACUGAAGCAAAUCAUGACUUCCUUGAAAUUCAGAAUGGCCCUUACCACACCAACUCUAUGAUCGGCCAGUUCAGCGGAGCAGAACUCCCAUCACCUUUACUAAGCACAACUCAUGAAACACUCAUCCAUUUCUACAGUGAUCACUCGGAAAAUAGGCAAGGAUUUAAAAUGACAUACCAAGCUUAUGAGUUACAGAACUGCCCUGAUCCUCCUCCUUUUUUAAAUGGAUAUAUAGUCAACUCCGAUUACAGUGUGGGUCAGUCAGUAUCAUUUGAAUGCUAUCCUGGUUAUGUUCUGAGAGGUCAGCCUGUUCUCACAUGCCAACAUGGAAUCAACAGAAAUUGGAACUACCAUUUCCCCAGAUGUGAAGCUCCUUGUGGCUAUAACAUAACUGCUCCGAAUGGUACAGUUUAUUCCCCAGGAUUUCCAGAUGAAUACCCAAACUCCAAGGACUGUACUUGGUUAAUUAUUGUACCUCCAGGCCAUGGGAUUUAUAUCAACUUCACCUUACUCCAAACUGAACCUGUGAAUGACUACAUUGCAGUUUGGGAUGGUCCUGACCAUAAUUCACCUCAGCUGGGAGUUUUCAGUGGGAACACAGCUCUGGAAACAGCAUAUAGUUCCUCCAACCAAGUCCUCAUUAAAUUUCACAGUGAUUUUUCAACUGGAGGAUUCUUUGUUCUCAAUUUUCAUGCUUAUCAACUGAAGAAGUGCCAGCCACCACCUAUAGUUCCCCAUGCAGAUUUGUUUACGGAAGAUGAUGACUUUGAAAUAGGAGAUUUUGCCAAGUACAAAUGCCAUCCUGGUUUCACCCUUGUUGGACAAGAUCUAUUAACCUGCAAACUGAAUUCACAGUUGCAGUUUGAAGGAUCCUCCCCAUCUUGUGAAGCACAAUGUCCAGCAAAUGAAGUCCGGACAGAAUCAUCAGGAGUGAUCCUAAGUCCAGGUUACCCAGGCACCUAUCCCAAUUCUCAGACCUGCUCUUGGACUAUAAAGGUUGAACCAGGAUAUAACAUCUCCAUCUAUGUAGAAAUGUUUCAAAGUGAAAAGCAGUUUGAUGAACUGGAGAUAUUUGAUGGUUCUUCUGGGCAAAGCCCUUUAUUAGUUGCUUUAAGUGGAAAUCAUACUGGACAGUUGAACUUCACAAGCAAAAUGAAUCAACUAUAUCUUCGCUGGUCAACUGAUCAUGCAACCAGCAAGAAGGGAUUCAAGAUACGUUACUCAGCUCCCUACUGCAGUUUAAACUCCAUCUUGAGGAAUGGUGGAAUUGUAAAUAAAACAGGUGGUCGACCUGGAAAUAAAGUCCAUUACUUCUGCAAACCUGGAUAUAGAAUGAUUGGUCACAACAAUGCAACAUGUAGGCGUCAUCAAAAUGGCAUGUAUCAGUGGGAUUCUCCUGUGCCCAUCUGCCAAGCUGUAUCUUGUGGUAUUCCUGAAUCCCCUGGGAAUGGUUCAGUAAUAGGUAAUGAAUUCACUUUGGGCAGUAGAUUGAUAUAUGAAUGUAAUGAGGGCUUCAAGCUAGAAUCUAGUCAACAAGCAACAGCAGUGUGUCAAGAAGAUGGAUUAUGGAGCAACAAAGGGAGAUCACCUGUCUGUAAAUCUGUAACCUGUCCCAGCAUAGAGACUCUGCUCACAGAACAUGUUGUCUGGAGACUGAUUUCUGGGUCACUGAAUGAGUAUGGAGCUCAAGUCAUGCUCAGCUGCACUCCUGGAUAUUAUUUAUUGGGCCAAAGACUCAUACAGUGCAGAACUAACGGAACCUGGAGUUCAGGCAAUGAAAGGCCUAUUUGUAAGGUUAUCUCCUGUGGUGGUCUUCCAUCUCCACCAAAUGGGAAUAAGAUUGGAACCUUAACAGUAUAUGGAGCUACUGCAAUAUUCACCUGUAACACAGGGUACACAUUAGUUGGUUCUCACGUAAGAGAAUGCCUGGCAAAUGGACUCUGGAGUGGUACUGAAACCCAAUGCCUAGCUGGUCACUGUGGUUCUCCAGAUCCAAUUGUAAAUGGUCAUAUUAGUGGAGAUGGCUUCAGUUACCGUGAUACGGUAGUCUACCAGUGUAAUCCUGGCUUUCGACUUGUUGGUACAUCUGUCAGAAUUUGUCUUCAAGAUCACAAAUGGUCUGGACAAACUCCUGUCUGUGUCCCAAUCACUUGUGGACACCCUGGGAAUCCAUCUCAUGGAGUGACUAACGGCAGUGAGUUCAAUUUAAAUGAUGUUGUAAAUUUUACUUGCCACACUGGGUACUUACUUCAGGGAGCUUCUCGAGCACAGUGCCGAAGCAAUGGGCAGUGGAGUAGCCCUUUACCCAGCUGCCGAGUGGUAAACUGUUCUGACCCUGGCUUUGUGGAAAAUGCUAUUCGGCAUGGACAGCAGAAUUACCCUGAAAGUUUCAAAUAUGGAACAAGCGUGGCAUACCAUUGCAAGAAGGGAUUUUAUCUGUUGGGUUCAUCUGCUUUGACCUGUAAAGCUAAUGGCCUGUGGGAUAGAUCACUACCAAAGUGUUUGUCCAUUUCUUGUGGACAUCCUGGAGUACCUGCCAAUGCAGUUCUUACAGGAGACAAAUUUACGUACGGCUCCGUAGUUCGCUAUUCCUGCACAGCGGGUCGAAGUCUCAUAGGAAACUCUACAAGGGAGUGCCAAGAAGAUAGCCACUGGAGUGGAACUCUGCCUCACUGUUCAGGAAAUAAUCCUGGCUAUUGUGAUGAUCCGGGCAUACCAGCUCAUGGGUCUAGACUUGGGGAUGAGUUCAAAAUAAAAAGUCUUCUGCGUUUCUCAUGUGAAAUGGGUUAUCAGCUGAGAGGAUCUGCAGAACGAACAUGUCUGUUUAAUGGUUCUUGGUCAGGUAUACAACCUGUGUGUGAAGCUGUAUCUUGUGGGAACCCUGGCACUCCAGCCAAUGGUAUGAUAACAUACAGUGAUGGAAUAUUGUUCUCCAGCUCUGUCAUCUAUGCCUGCUGGGAAGGUUACAAAACUUCAGGUUUAACUACUCGACAUUGUACUGCCAAUGGCACAUGGACUGGCACUGCUCCAGACUGCACAGUGAUCAGCUGUGGAGAUCCAGGUGCAUUAGCAAAUGGCAUUCAGUUUGGAAAUGAUUUCACCUUUAACAAGACAGUCAGCUAUCAGUGCAAUCCAGGAUACUUGAUGGAGCCUGCUGGUUCAUCUACCAUGCUUUGCAUAAAAGAUAGUACUUGGAACCAGAGUAAACCAAUUUGCAAAGCUAUCACCUGUGGCCCCCCUCCACCAGUACUCUAUGGGAAAGUGGAAGGAUCCGAUUAUCACUGGGGUGCCAGUGUGAGCUACAGCUGUGCAGAAGGCUAUCAGCUGUCUAACACAGCCAUUCUCUCCUGUGAGGGCCGAGGAAUAUGGCGGGGAGACAUCCCGCAAUGUUUGCCUGUGUUUUGUGGUGAUCCUGGUACUCCAGCGGAAGGACGACUUAAUGGAAAAAGUUUCACCUAUAGAUCUGAAGUUAGCUUUCAGUGUAGACCCCCUUUUAUUCUGAUAGGCUCUUCAAGAAGAUUCUGUCAAGCAGAUGGUACAUGGAGUGGAAUUCAGCCAACAUGCAUUGAUCCAGCUCACAAUACAUGUACAGACCCUGGUACUCCACAUUUUGGAAUACAAAACAGUUCCAGAGGUUAUGAGGUUGGGAGCACAGUCUUUUUCAGAUGCAGAAAAGGUUAUCAUAUUCAGGGAUCUACUACCCGUUCUUGCCUUGCUAACCUAACCUGGAGUGGCAUACAGUCAGAGUGUAUUCCUCAUGCUUGCAGGCAGCCAGAAACUCCAGCACAUGUUGAUGUGAAAGCAAUUGAUCUUCCUACUUUAGGGUAUACUUUGGUGUAUACCUGUCAGCCAGGAUUUUUUCUUGCUGGUGGAUCAGAGCAUCGGACUUGUAAACCAGAUAUGAAAUGGACAGGAAAAUCACCUGUUUGUAAAAGUAAAGGAGUGAGAGAAGUUAAUGAAACAAUAACUAAAACUCCAGUUCCUUCAGAUGUGUUUUUUAUAAAUUCACUGUGGAAGGGGUUUUAUGAAUAUUUAGGAAAAAGACAGCCUGCUACUCUAACUGUUGAUUGGUUCAAUACUACAAGCAGCAAAGUGAAUGCCACAUUCAUUGAAGCAUCCAACAUACAAAUCAAACUGUCAGGUGUUUACAAGAAAGAAGAAGCCCAUUUACUCUUGAAAGUUUUUCAGAUAAAAGGACCUAGUGACAUUUUUGUAAGCAAGUUUGAAAAUGACAAGUGGGCGCUAGAUGGUUAUGUGUCAUCAGGACUUGAAAGAGGUGUUUUUACCUAUCAAGGUGAUAUACAUGGAAAAGACUUUGGAAAAUUCAUGCUCCAAAGACAAGGUCCUUUAAGCGCAGACACAGAUCUUUCAAAUCAUUACUAUGGCACAAACAGCAGUUCUGUUGCAGCUGCCAUCCUGGUACCAUUCUUUGCUCUAAUAUUAUCAGGCUUUGCAUUUUACCUCUACAAACACAGAACAAGACCAAAAGUACAGUACAAUGGGUAUGCUGGACAUGAAAACAGUAAUGGACAGGCUUCAUUUGAAAAUCCCAUGUAUGACACAAACUUAAAACCCACAGAAGCAAAGGCUGUGAGGUUUGAUACGACUCUGAACACAGUUUGUACAGUGGUAUAGCCUUCAGUGCCCAAUAUGACUGAUUCAUAGCCAUACCUCUGAUGGACAAGCAGUAAUUCCUUUGGUGCCAUAUACCAGUUUCCCUUCUUCUCUUGGCUUUGCUGCUGUAAUCUUUAACAUCUUCUGUCAGCCUACAUGCAGCUAAAUUUUCUGGUAAAAAGUGUCAGUCUUCUGGGGAUCCCACAGAGAAUUUUUUUUUCAUCUUAAAGUUGGAUUAAAAUGCCUGGCUGCAUCUGCUUCAAAGCAAGGCACAAUUUAAGGAAGACUGCCAAGUCAUGCCAAUUUGUCAUAUUUAACGCCUCAGACUUUCAUAUUUGUAUGUGGCUGGAUGCCUUUCAAUGCAUUCUUCUGGGCACUUGGAUAAAUCCUUUGAGUACUGUGACAAAUGACAACACCACAGAUUAUCCCCAAGAACAGGAAUACUCUGAAGAAAUAAAGCUCUCUCUCAAAGAAGACAACCUUCCUCAAGGUUGCAUACACACGCAAAUGCUUUACCAUUGAAAUCUUGUUAAAAUUGAACAUACAGUUUAUCUCAAACAUAAGGCAGUUUGCCAAUUUUCCAAUCAGCUGUUAUAUUGCAAAAUAUUAAUGCACAAUUUUUUGCACUAGUGUUAUGGAUGACUGAGUAAGAUACUGGUAAAAAUAUACAGGGUUUAUACACACUGUCCAUUGUAUAUAGACAUUCACUCACUCUUUGCCAAGCAAAACAUUC